AUGCCUCAUGCUGGGCCCCAUCCUCUAGCCUUAUUCUCUCUCCUCCCGUUGAACGAGCGAAGCCAAGCAGUUCUUGACCACCCAUAUAAUAAACACCUCGUCUCGCGGCAGAAGGACGGAAGACUUGCUCUCGAUAUCGGUCAUGUCCGCUCGAUGUUGGGUGAUCCCACUCUUGCAACCUUAGGACGUAACGGCGAUAUAUAUGUAGAAGGCUCUAGCUUCUCUAGGAACCAAUGCUCGUUCGAGAUCAACCCAUACACCAAAGUUGUCAUGUUCUACGAUAGAUCGCACAGUCAGACGAGCCAAGUCUUCGGCCAAGACAAUGCUUUCCCGCUCGAACCUGGACGCCCUCGCAAGGUCCUUGUGCGGCAGGGCCUAAACAUAUACAUAGGAAUGGGUGGUGUGGCGCGGGACCUCAUCCAGUUCCAGUUGAUUUGGCAUAAUGGCGGCCUUACUGAGACGAUAGAGCUGGUCAAAGGGAGAGAAGCCAUUACACUCGAAGAGCACCUGCGGUUUUCUCGGACCUUAGACGAGUCCAUCACUGCGUCCUCGACUCAACGGCAGACUAGAGUGCACACGCCAGGAGCUCGACAACUGAAGAUGAGACACGUAAAGGAAAAUACGCUCGGCAGUGGGGAGUUUGGAGAAGUAUAUAAAGCCAUUGAUGUAGACACGGGCAUGUUUAUGGCUGUCAAGGUAUUAAAGCCACGUGAAGCAACUCCAGAAGAUAUGCAGUCGUUUUAUAAACGCGUGAAAGGAGAAGUGGAAAAACUCUCCCGAAUUGACAACGCGAGCAAGACGUCUUUAAAGCUCCUAUUCGUAGGGUUAGAUGACUGUACCAGCCAAGAGUUCAAGAUAUUUAUGGGCCUUAAAGAAGGGAACUUGACAACGUUGAUCGAAGGCGGGUGCUCAACCGAUAUUGACAACCUUUGUAUCACCGUCCUACGUCACAUGCUACGAGCGCUCGGUUAUCUUGAGUCGCAACGCAUCAUCUACCGAGAUGUAAAGCCAGAUAACAUUCUUUACGUAACACGCCAGAACAAGCAAUAUCAUUUUUUGCUUGGAGAUUUUGGCCUGAGAAACAAUGCUGAUAUGGCCAAGACUUUUGCUGGCACUCCCCCCUACAUGGCUCCUGAAAUACUUACUGGGUUCCGCGAGGCUUCGAAAAGGUUCCGGAGUCCUAAGGAUGCCCAAAAUGCCGUUUUGCAUGUAGCGUCAAAUGAAGAGAAAGUUGCAGUCAUUUCCGAAAUGGCAACGGUCGACCCAGAGAAACGCUCUUCUGCGGCAGCUAUGCUUCUUAAGUGCUUUGGCGAGAAAGGACUCACCUCUCAGCACGACCAGGUCAGCUAUGCAAAAAACAGCCCUGUUUUAACCUGUCACACAACUGACACAUACUAUUAG